AUCAAAUAAAAAACUGAUGUCAAUAGAAUUAGGAAAAUGAUAAUCCUGUUACGGGAAGCCCCAGUCCUCGAUGGAAGGUUUCACUAGACCGAGCGAUUGUGUAUGUUUAGUUUAGUUUUUCCGACAUGGGGACUUGUUCAUAAGUUUGUUGGUACAAUCAUGAUAAGUUGAUUAAUCGUCUAUGAAAAUAUUGGCUGAAUUAAACUGAAAAAUGGAGAUACUAAACUUACUGCGUUUUGGCUACGCCAUGGUUAUUUGUACGUUUCUCCUCAUGGUGUGGCUUUCCCUCAGCAGCGCUCUAAGUGUUCGCGAAACAGGGGUAGUACGUUACCCUCCGUGCUAUUUUAACCCUCUUUGCAGUUGCUCGAAGGCAGUUCCAGAUCUCGGCAUCGUUCACUGCCACAAUGUCCAACUGCCAAGGAUACCGGUCACUGUAAACAUCUCCAAGGUGUUCAUGCUUCAUCUGGAGAAUAAUGGAUUAAGAACAAUCGAGCCGUUUUUUCUUCAAAGCACUGGAUUAUAUAAAAUAAUAAUUACAAAAAACCCAUUGACUGUAGUACCGGAUGAAGCGUUCUUAGGCUUGGAAAGGUCGCUGUGGGAGUUAGAACUAAGUUACAAUAAACUAACAAGCAUUCCUAAUAGAGCUUUAAGAUACUUGCAAAAAUUACGUUUAUUAGACUUAACUGGUAACGAAAUCAAUACAAUUUCUCCUGAGAACUGGCGAGGUUUGGAGAAUUCCUUAGAAGAACUGAUUUUAGCAGACAAUUCUAUAACGCACUUGCCCAUUGAUUCGUUUUCCGGUCUACCGAUGGUGGAUACUAUCAAUCUAAAGGGAAACAAUCUUCGGGAAAUCGACCCUUCUGUAUUUAGAGAUGGAAUGGGAAGACUUGCACAUUUAAUUUUAGCAGACAACCAACUUAGUUCCGUACCCUAUCAAGCAUUGCAGCCAUUGAGAACUUUAAAAACUUUGGAUUUAAGUUACAACAGAGUUAAUAAAAUGGAACCUGUUACUGAUACUGGAGCAACUGUAGUGCUAAACUUUCAAAUAAAUUUGGAUGUGUUCAGACUUGAUUACAAUCAACUCACCAUUCUACAACCAGCUAGUUUCGAGUAUUUUAGCGUUUUAAACAAAACUUACCUGGAUGGAAACCCUUUGAGUUCCAUCGAAGAAAAUGCGUUCAGAAAAGCUAAAAUAAAAGAACUGUACAUAAGGUUCUGUGGUUUGACUACCAUCAAUCCCGCUUCAUUUGGUGGGCUGGAAAACUCUUUGGAAAUUCUAGAUUUAUCGGGAAAUAAUAUUGCUCUUUUACCGGAGAAUCUUUUACAUAGAUUUGAGUUCCUUAGAACUUUAUCAUUGAGAGAUAAUAUAAUUUCUAAGCUAAAUCCUAUUGAUGCUUUUAAUGCAUUUUUGUUUACACUGUAUAAAUUGGAUUUAAGAGGAACGUCUAAUGUCGAAAUAAAAAUUCAAGAUUUAAGAAGAUUGCGUAGUUUAAGAGUACUUUAUUUAUCAAAACUUGGUGAAGGUAACUUAGAUCCGCAAGACUUUCAGGAGUUUGGAAUGGAUCUUGAAGAACUUUAUAUAAAUUCCGCAAAUAUUCAUACCAUAAAACAUAACGCAUUUAAAUACGUUCACGGUUUAAAAUUACUGGAUUUUUCAGAAAAUUCCAUUUCAACCAUAGAAGAACAUGCUUUUAAAGAGAUUGGUCAUUCGUUGGUGACAUUAAGAUUGACCAGAGGUCUUUCAUCUUCUUACAAAAAUAUACCUGCUGAAGCCUUUAAGGUUUUGGUGAAUUUAGAAAAUUUGGAUUUAAGUAAUAAUAGAAUUAAAACAAUGCAAGAUACUGCAUUUCACUUUUUAAAGAAACUUAAAACGUUGGAGCUACAAGACAAUAUCAUCGAAAUAGGAGAUAUACACCAGAACCUUGAGGAAAUUUAUCUGUCAUUUAACAAUAUUAAAGUACUUCAACAGCACACUUUUGUUGAUUUAGCUCGAUUAGAGCAGCUCCAUUUGGAUGACAAUAGCAUUGAGACUUUGGAUCGUCGAUCCUUCAUGAACUUGGAAAGAUUAAAAAGAUUGAAUCUAAAGGGUAAUAAAAUUGCCAGUAUAACUUACGAGGCAUUCCAGAAUUUACCAGAAUUGGAGGACUUGGAUAUAUCUUAUAACAAACUUACAAACUUUGAAUUUGCUAUGUUUGAUCAGGUGGGAACUCUAGCUGUAUUCCACGUAAAUGUUAGUCAUAAUAACUUAAGAGAUUUGACUGUUAAUAUUGGAAGCACUUUUGAGGCAAAUUCAGGUCUCGGCACUGUGCAUUCCAACAUCAGGGUACUGGAUCUCUCCUUUAAUAAUAUUUCAAUGAUUUCAAAGCAGUUUUUCCGACCUAUUGAAAUUUCCAUAACCCAUCUUUACAUGGGUCACAAUAAGCUUCUUAAUGCUACUAGAGAAGUAUUUGGUAAUAUGCCUCAUCUGCAAUGGUUGGAUCUUUCUUCCAAUGAAUUAUACGAAAUGGAUUUUGAUAUGUUUAGAAAUACUAAAAAGUUACAGGUGCUUUUUGCAGCCUAUAAUCGCAUAGCGGACAUUCCAAAUGAUUUAUUUAGGUUUCUUAAUAAUUUAAGGAUAGUGGACUUUUCUAAUAACAGGUUAAGAAAUUUACCUGAUAAUUUAUUUAGGGAGGAAGGAUUGGAAAGAUUCGACAUAUCCCAUAAUAUGCUAAGCAAACUACCACUUACAAGUUUUUCAAUUGCAACAGCCAUCUCUUUAAGAGAAAUGGAUUUAUCUUGGAACAGUAUUUCCUCUUUGUCACAUGGAGGAGUUUUUGAACGAUUUAAAAAUUUAAAUUGGUUGGACCUAUCAUAUAAUCGUCUAGCUCAAAUAGACGCUGGAACUUUUAAAGGGCUUCCAAAAUUAUCGAGCCUGGAUUUAAGUCACAAUGCUCAAUUGGCAUUAGAGGGAAAUGGAUUAAGUUUGCAGGGGCUUGAAUAUUCCCUUCUUCAUCUUUACCUAGACAACGUAUCAUUGUCACAUAUACCGGUACUACCAACACCUCAUCUAGUAACCUUAUCGUUAGCUUUUAAUUCUUUGCCAACUGUUCCACCGGAAAUGGCAACAAACAUGACGUCGCUGCAAAACUUAAAUCUAAAUUACAACGAUUUAACUGCUGUUCCCAUAGUAACGCAUUCUUUAAAUCAGCUUAGGACUCUUUCGAUGGUUGCUAAUCCAAUAACAUUUUUGAGCAAUACAAGCUUAUUGGGUGUAGCAGGACACUUAAUUAAUUUGGACAUCAGGAACUUUGAUUUGACAAUAUUAGAAUCUGGAGCUUUUUGCAAGAUGUACUCCUUAAGAACACUAAAGAUAAACUUGUAUAGCAACAUUAAAAAUUUUAAUAUUCCAUCGUAUUUGCAGUUUAAUAGUGGAUUACGUAAUUUGGAAAUACAUGUUCCCAUGGCUACAGACAACAAUUUGGAUAAAGAGUUAAAUGGAGAAUGGCCUACAAAAUUGAGAAAUAUUACAUUUUCUGGUAGAGGAUUAAAAAAUCUUGGACAACAUAUUUUGCAGGGUAUAAAAAGUCCAAAUCUGCACUUUGCUCUUGUCAACAGUAGCAUAUCAAAAAUUCAAAGCGCCAUUUUUCAAAAUGCUGCCAGAGCCAAAAAUAUAACGUUAGAAUUAAGAGACAAUUAUGAGUUAAAAAGUUUUUUAAACCCUUCCACUGGUAUGAAGCCUAAUCUUUAUAAAAAAACGUUUUUGAUUGACAUGGACUUAUCCAAUAACAAAUGGUCGUGUGAUUGUGACCUGGGAUGGAUUGAAGUAUGGCUAAGAAAAAAGAGACAAUAUUUAUGCGGAGAAAGUCCUAGCAGUACGCCAUAUUUUACACACAAGGAUUACAUUUGCAGACAUGCUGAUGAAGAUUUAAGGAUAUCAAAUUGCAAUAAUAAAAACAACAACAGUAUUAUGGAGGUCUUGAAAACGGAUAUUGAAUGCGGAUGGAGCUCAGCUAUAAGACCGAAAUAUUUUUCAAUUGGAUUAAUUUUGUUUUUGGUGUUGCAUGUAAUUUUUAAAUAAAGUUGUAAUGCAAGUGGAACAUUUAAAACUGCCGUAAUAACUCACUCGCUAUGAAAAUUUGUAGCCAGAUUUAUUGCCAAAUUUACAUUCUUAAUUUAUUUUUGGAAUAUCCUACUCUCGUUAGGUACAAGUAAUAUUUAAAACAAUUUUGUAUCAUAUUGAUAUGUAUACAUGCAUUUAUUUAUUUAAAAUUUAAUAACUUAAUUAUAUUAACUAUUUAUUCUACUGUGUAUAUACAAAAACACUCUUUAUUUUUUCAAUUAAUUUUAUUUUAGUUACUAAUA